AUGGCUUCUACCGAGCUGGACCUCGACGUCCUCAUUGUCGGCGCGGGCAUCUCCGGCAUCAACGCCGCGUACCGGCUGCAGACGGACGGCCCCAAGGGGGGCAGCCGCUAUGCGAUCCUCGAGGCGCGCCACAGCCUGGGCGGCACCUGGGACUUUUUCCGGUACCCGGGGAUCCGGUCCGACUCUGACAUUUACACGUUUGGCUUCUCGUGGAAGCCGUGGCACAAGCCCGAGACGGUGGCGCAGGGCGCCGACAUCAAGAGCUACAUGACCGAGGCGGUGCAGGAGACGGGCAUCGACCGGCACAUUCGCUACCGCCACCGCGUCGUCGCCGCCAACUGGACCUCGCGCGACCAGUGCUGGGAGGUGAGCGUCGACGCCGACGGCGCGCCGCAGACGCUGCGCACGCGCUACAUGCUGCUCGGCACCGGCUACUACGACUACGACACGCCCAUGAAGGCCAUGAUCCCCGGCAUCGACAACUUUGCCGGCAAGGUCAUCCACCCGCAGUUUUGGCCCCAGGACUACGACUACAGCGACAAGCACAUGGUCGUCAUUGGCAGCGGCGCCACCGCCAUCACCGUCGUGCCCGCCGUCGCCGAAAAGGUCAAGCACGUCACCAUGCUGCAGCGCAGCCCGACCUACAUCAUGCCCAUCCCCAAGCAGUCUCUCGCCGCCAAGUGGCUCUUUGCCCUGCUGCCGCAGUUCCUCGCCCACAGCCUCAACCGCUCCCUCUGGAUCGUCCAGAGCUACAUCAUGAUUUACUUUUGCCGCCUCUUCCCCAACGUCGCCCGCGCCCUCAUCCGCACCGUCAACCGCCGCCUGCUCCCCAAAUCCGUCUCCAUCGACCCUCACUUUUCGCCCAAGUACCUGCCCUGGCAGCAGCGCCUCUGCGCCUCCAUGGACGGCGACAUCUUCGCCGCCAUCCGCAGCGGCAAGGCCAGCGUCGUCACCGACCACAUUGACACCGUCACCGCCGACGCCAUCAAGCUCAAGUCGGGCGCCUCCUUGCACCCAGACGUCAUCGUCACCGCCACCGGCCUCGGCCUGCGCUUCGCCGGCGGCAUCGCCAUUAGCGUCGACGGCGCGCCCUUUGACAUUACCUCAAAGUUCAUCUACCGCGCCAGCAUGCUGCAGGACCUGCCCAACCUCGUCUACGUCGUCGGCUACGAAAACGCCUCGUGGACCCUGGGCGCCGACUGCGCCGCCAAGGUGCUCGUCCGCCUCGUCAACGAGCUCAAGGCCAGCGGCAAGACGUCGGCCACGCCGCGCCUGGCCAACCCCGAGAAGAUGGAGGUCAAGCCCCUGCUGAACCUGGGCUCUACCUACCUCAAAAACGCCAACAAGGUCUUUCCCAAGGGUGGCACCGGUGCCUGGGCGCCGCGCUCAACAUAUCUGGCAGAUUUGUACAAGGCCACGUAUGGCGAUCUCAACUCGGAAAUGGAAAUUGUAUGA